AUGGACAGCAUUAUCGGGUCGGUUGGGAGAGUGGCCAACGUCAAGGUCCGCAACGACGACGACCUGAUUGACCGCGUGAACCACCUGUACACGACUGGUAUUCUCAUCAUCUUCACCGUGGUGGUCAGCGCCCGCCAGUAUGUAGGAGACCCUAUCAGAUGCUGGUGUCCUGCUCAGUUCACGUCAGCGCACGUGGACUACACCAACAACAUCUGUUGGAUAUCGAACACCUACUACAUCCCCAUCAGUGACGUCAUCCCCAUCGAGCACCACAUCCGGGAGGAGAAGGAACUGACGUACUACCAAUGGGUGCCGGUGGUCCUACUCAUCCAGGCGCUCAUGUUCUACAUCCCGUGCAUCAUCUGGCGGCUACUGAACGGCCAGUCGGGCAUCAAUGUCGACCGGAUCGUCAGCCUUGCGUCGAACGCACAGUACGAGAGUCCCGACGUGCGCAUCAGGACGAUAAAGUACGUCGUGCGUCACGUCGACCGUUGUCUUGACAACCAGCGCGAGAGCAGACACAACUGCUGCGUGCAGCUGAGACACGUGCUGUCUGCCAAACUGUCCCUGCUGUGCGGGAAGCGGUAUGGGAACUACCUAGUGUCCGUGUACCUGCUGAUGAAGGUGCUCUAUAUAUCCAACUCCAUCGGACAGCUGUUCAUGUUGAAUUCCUUCCUUUCUACAGACUACAAUGUCUAUGGGUUCCAGGUGAUGGAGGAUUUGAUAGUAGGUAAGGACUGGACGCCUUCAGAACGAUUCCCCAGAGUCACUCUAUGUGACUUUGAUAUUCGCCAGAUGCAAAAUAUCCAACGACAUACCGUCCAGUGUGUACUUCCAAUCAAUUUAUUCAAUGAAAAAAUUUACAUCUUCCUCUGGUUCUGGUUAGUGUUUGUGUCAGUGCUCACGUGCUACAGUUUCGUGUCGUGGCUCUGGCACAUGGUGUUUCCAACGACUAGAGUACAGUAUGUGAAGAAGUUUCUAAAAAUAAUGGACAGGCUGGGCUCAGGGCCGGAGAAGAAGCUGGCCACCAGGUUUAUACUCGAGUAUCUCCGUCACGACGGCGUCUUCACGCUUCGCCUUGUGGGCAAGAACUCCAGUGACAUCGUCGUGGCGGAGAUCGUGUCAGGGUUGUGGGAUUUGUACAAAAGUAAAAAGUCUAUACAGAUACGGAACCAAGCCGGCAAUGGCCACGAUACCGAGGGAGAGGAUGUCUAGCAGAAACUCACUGUGAAACACCUGAGCGAUACAGUCUCGAUACUGAGUAUCGAUAACCGAUAGUCGCCAUCGAUGAUGGCCUACUCUGCCUACGUCAGAGCGAAUCACGUGCCUCGUACUCUCCACGGGUUCCAGCAAUCAUGAUAGUGCCUCGUCGCUCACCGAACGCUCGUGGCGGCUGUGGAAGAAAGGAAUGUCCUAUCCCGAGAACAAUAUUUGAUGGCAAUACGAAAGCGUCCUUCUGCGAGAAGGAGACGACUCGUGGCUGUCCAGGAUGGAUAUGUUCAAAGAAUACUGAGAUCUACCAAAGAGAUUGUGAAUCUGACGUAUACAGAUGACAUCAAAAUAUAACUACUUCUUUCCUUUGGUGCUAAUACAUUCUUGGAUAUUAUUCCGUGUGACUUGCGUCCUGCAAUCGGCUAUAGCUCCUGUAUUAGAAUGUUCAUUUCGGAUUCAAAACGACGUUACACGUAAAUUACGCGACCAUCACUUGAAUAUGUGUUUUGUCGCACAAAACAACAAUGUAUUCUGUAGAACAAGCAUUGGAAAGCCUAGUGGAUGUUUGAUAUACACAGUGGCGGAUUUGUAAAGGGUACCACCACACGUUCUGGUAUAUGUGUUUCUCGUCAAGGGAUCGGCAGGUUGGAAGCAUCUCUUGGCCUACGUUAAGUGAUCCAAAUAUAACUUGUAAACGUCAGCAUGUUCCUGCAGUUUGUUUGUACCAUUCAAUCAUUUAAAACCCAACUAAUCGAAUGUGUGUAAUAUUUUUCUUACUCCCUACAUCAGAGCUAUGGUCCAAACAUUGUUUUGUUUUUUUAAUUAUUAUUAUUAUUAUUAUUAUUAUUAUUAUUAUUAUUAUUAUUAAUUUAUGGUCCGUUAACACAUUUAGCUAAUACAAUAUUGCCAUU